AUGGUAUUGCAUCCUGCCGAAGUUGCGAACCACAACGACGCGGAGUCCUAUCACCCUGGAGGUAGAAAAGUGAUUCUCAAAAAUGCAGGCAAAGACUCUACUGCAGAUUUUGAUCUGAUCCAUUCGAUAGAUGUACUCGACAAGUGGCUUGCACCAUCCGAGCACCUGGGAGAUAUUGAUACCACCGUGGCUGUGAACGAAGACGCCAAGGCCAAGCUCCAGGAAGAAAGUGAAGCGGCUUUGUAUCGCAAACCAAGGCUAUCGCAAUGUCUUAACAUCUCAGAUUUCGAGACUGUAGCUCGUCACACAAUGAAGAAAACGUCUUGGAACUACUACUCCACAGGCGCGGACGAUGAAUUUACUCUCAAAGAGAAUGCCUCGGCUUUCCAGCGUAUACGCUUCCGACCUAAAGUACUUGUCAACGUGGAGCAUGUUGACACCUCAACGACUCUUCUCGGUUCGCACACGUCCGUACCACUCUUUGUAACAGCCACUGCGCACGCGAAGCUCGGGGAUCCCGAAGGCGAAGUAACUCUAACCAAAGCGAGUAACAAGCAUGAAAUUAUACAGAUGAUACCACUCUACUCAUCGCGCUCGCUUGAAGACAUCACAAAUGCAAGAGGACUAGACCGGACUCAAUGGUACCAAAUUUACGUCAAGAAAGAUCGAAAUGUUACUCGGAAAGCUGUCGAAAACGCCGAGAAACAAGGAUGCAAAGCCUUGUGCAUAACUGUUGACAAUCCACAUCUUGGAAGUCGUGAAAAGGUUCUACGACACCAGCAAAGCGAAUCGGAUGGGAAGGAGGAGGAGUUUGAGGACGCACCGGCUACAGAGCUGGACCCGUCGUUGAUCAUGAACUCGACCCUGAGUUGGGAUGAUAUUCCAUGGUUUCGAAGUAUCACUACGAUGCCUAUCGUUAUCAAAGGAGUGCAGCGAGUCGAAGAUGUCAUCCAAGCAGCAGAAUGUGGUGCCGAAGCUGUGAUCUUGUCUAAUCAUGGAGGGCGACAGCUUGAUUAUUCCGAAGCUCCUAUCGAGGUCCUUGCCGAGGUCAUGCCUAUCCUGAGAGAACGUGGGCUACAUGAUAAGAUAGAGGUCUACAUCGAUGGAGGCAUACGUCGCGGUUCCGAUAUACUCAAAGCCUUAUGUCUUGGUGCACGUGGUGUUGGCAUUGGGCGUCCGUUCCUUUUCGCCAUGGCUGGGUAUGGUCAGAAAGGCGUUGAGAAAGCUAUACGGAUCUACAAGGAUGAACUGGAGAGGAACAUGCGACUGAUAGGAUGUACCUCCAUCGAUCAACUUCAUCCCGGUCUCGUCAAAGUGCUUGGACAACCUCGAGAAAGGCUGUAG